AUGGAUUCUGCAUUUGUGAGAUCGGUAGCACAGGGUGCCCUGCUGAGUCCCGGAUCCGAUAUCAGCAGAAGUCUCGCGAGCACACCGUCUGGCACACAUUCGCAAAUAUCCUGCUUGUCAGAGACAGUGUCACAACAGCCACGUAUAAGCUCGGAAUGUGCUCACAGCAAAGGAUCUACAAACCUCGGCGGUGUGCCGAGCUGCAAAUCAUGCAACCGCCUAGGUUCGGAGCAGCGAAGCUCAAAAUCUAGUCGAAAAACAGCUCCAACCACUGCGUCACGACCGCGCAGCCCAUCAACCCUCACUCCGCGCGAAUUGGAGAAGAGCUUCCGGGCUUUAUCCUGCCACCACCGGAAACUACAGCAGAAACACGCCGACUUGAUGAAGGCACACCAAGAGAAAGACGAGGAGAUUGCACGCCUGAAUGCUAAGGUCUGUGCGUUGGAAAGCGAGCUCUACCUGACGCGACUCGCGUACAGCGAUGAUUUGGCCGUUGAUCCCCUCCAGACCUCGUUGAAUCAGUAUGAUAUCCGGCCAACGAGGGAAGCAAUCUCUUGCGAUGUUGCGCUGAGUGCUCCAGAGCCAUGCUGA